CUUCGCGGCCGUGAGCGAGGAGCGAGCGCAGCGCGCGCGAGCCCGGGCGCGGGACGACUCCUCCUCGGGAUCUGGCUGCCGGGCGGGCUCGGAUCUCUUUCUUCCCCUCCCUCUCUCUCUCUGCCCCCUGUGUUUUGCUCUCCAUUUGCAUCUUCGCCAUCUCCGGACCCCAUCCUCUCCCGCACAGCUGCAAGUCCUCCCGUCUCUAAAUGGAAUUAGUGGAGCGCGGAGCCUCUGCUGUAAGGAACAGACAUGAUCCAUGGACGCAGUUUGUUUCCCAUUGUAGCAAGUUUAAUCAUCAUCCAUUUGUCUGGGGCAACCAAGAAAGGAACAGAAAAGCAAACCACUUCAGAAACACAGAAGUCAGUACAGUGUGGAACUUGGACAAAACAUGCAGAGGGAGGUAUCUUUACCUCCCCCAACUAUCCCAGCAAGUAUCCCCCAGACCGAGAGUGCAUCUACAUCAUAGAAGCUGCUCCGAGACAGUGCAUUGAACUUUACUUUGAUGAGAAGUACUCUAUCGAACCAUCUUGGGAGUGCAAAUUUGAUCAUAUUGAAGUUCGAGAUGGACCCUUUGGCUUUUCUCCAAUAAUUGGACGUUUCUGUGGACAACAAAAUCCACCUGUCAUAAAAUCCAGUGGAAGAUUUUUAUGGAUUAAAUUUUUUGCUGAUGGCGAGCUGGAAUCUAUGGGAUUUUCAGCUCGAUACAAUUUCACACCUGAUCCUGACUUUAAGGACCUUGGGGUUUUGAAACCAUUGCCAGCCUGUGAGUUUGAGAUGGGCGGCCCUGAAGGAAUUGUGGAGUCCAUGCAAAUUCUGAAGGAGGGCAAAGCUUCUGCCGGUGAGGCUGUGGACUGCAAGUGGUACAUCCGGGCACCUCCACGAUCCAAGAUUUACUUGCGGUUCUUGGACUAUGAGAUGCAGAAUUCUAACGAAUGCAAGAGGAACUUUGUGGCUGUGUAUGACGGGAGCAGUUCUGUGGAGGACCUGAAAGCCAAGUUCUGCAGCACCGUGGCCAACGACGUGAUGCUUCGCACAGGGCUUGGAGUGAUCCGCAUGUGGGCAGAUGAGGGCAGUCGAAACAGCCGAUUCCAGAUGCUCUUCACAUCCUUUCAAGAACCUCCUUGUGAAGGCAAUACAUUCUUCUGCCACAGUAACAUGUGCAUUAACAACACCUUGGUCUGCAAUGGACUCCAGAACUGUGUGUACCCGUGGGAUGAAAAUCACUGUAAAGAGAAGAGGAAAACCAGCCUCCUGGAUCAGCUGACCAACACCAGCGGGACUGUGAUAGGUGUGACUUCCUGCGUGGUGAUCAUCCUCAUCAUCAUCUCCGUCAUUGUGCAGAUCAAACAGCCCCGUAAGAAGUACGUGCAGAGGAAGUCAGACUUCGACCAGACUGUCUUCCAGGAGGUGUUUGAGCCCCCGCACUAUGAGCUAUGCACUCUGAGAGGGACAGGAGCUACUGCUGACUUUGCUGACGUGACAGAAGACUUUGAUAACUACCAUAAGCUGCGGAGGUCAUCUUCCAAAUGCAUUCACGACCAUCACUGUGGAUCACAACUGUCCAGCACUAAAGGCAGCCGCAGUAACCUCAGCACAAGAGAUGCUUCUGUCCUGACAGAAAUGCCGCCGCAGCCCGUCAAACCCCUCAUCCCCCCCAUGAGCAGAAGAAACAUCCUUGUCAUGAAACACAACUACUCGCAAGAUGCUGCAGAUGCCUGUGACAUCGAUGAGAUCGAGGAGGUGCCCACCACGAGUCACAGGCUGUCCCGGCACGACAAAGCCGUCCAGCGGUUCUGCCUCAUUGGGUCUCUAAGCAAACAUGAAUCUGAAUACAACACAACUAGGGUCUAAAAAGAAAAUUCAAG